AAGGCAGAGUGUCAGAGCCACUGACGGAGCUCCAAGUCUGGGAAGCUCUGGGUUCUUGGUCCUGUCACACUCCAGAAGUGGCAUCUCUGCACUUGGCCCUCAUCGACAAGCAGACCCCAGCAUCAGGACACAAUGGUAUUCUUAAUCCUACUGCUUACGAUGGCAGUGAUGACUCCAUCUACACUGGCAGCUCGAAAAGCAAAGAGGCAAAAUGACUUCUGGGGAAGUUGGGGAGAAUGGGGCGAAUGCAGCCGGAGCUGCGGUGGGGGUAUCAGUCUUCGGCAACGGCACUGCUACUCACGGAGGACAGAUGGUGGGUCCAAUUGCAUAGGAUCAACCCAAAGUUAUCGCUCAUGCAACAUUCAGGACUGCCCUGAGGGCUCCAGAGAUUUUCGAGCAGAACAAUGUGCUGAGUUUGAUGGGACAGAAUUUCAGGGGAAAAAAUACAAGUGGCUCCCUUACUAUGGAGCUCCCAAUAAAUGUGAACUAAACUGCAUCCCAAAGGGAGAAAAUUUCUACUUUCGGCAGAAAGAAGCGGUCACUGAUGGAACUCCCUGUGAGCCAGGGAAACGCGAUGUUUGUGUGGAGGGGACCUGCCACACUGUUGGCUGUGAUAAAAUGCUGGAUUCUUCCAAAAAGGAAGACAAGUGCCUGCAGUGCGGUGGGGAUGGAAGAGCUUGUUUUGAAGUUAAGGGGCUCUUUGAUGUGCCCAACCUCCCUAAAGGCUACAAUCAAAUCUUUGUCAUUCCGAUGGGAGCUACAAGUAUCUGGAUCAAGGAAGCAGCACCUACCAGGAACUUCCUGGCCAUCAAGAACGUACAAGGAACAUACUAUCUGAAUGGGCACUGGACAAUUGAGUUUAGCCGGGCCUUGCCUAUUGCUAGCACAGUGGUGCAUUAUGACAGAGGUUCAGAGGGGGAUCUGGCUCCAGAGCUUCUACAUGCCCGGGGCCCCAUCACUGAGCCUUUGAUUAUUGAGCUUAUCAGCCAGGAACCAAACCAAGGGGCACAUUAUGAAUACUAUUUGCCAUUCCAAAGGCAAACGUCAGGCUACAGCUGGGGCUACGGCUCCUGGAGUGACUGUAGCGCUGAAUGCGGUGGAGGUUAUCAGUCUCGCCUGGUGUUUUGCACCUUUGAUAAUGAAGCAUAUCCAGAUUAUAUGUGCAGAGAUAAACCAUGGCCAGGAAAUAAUCGAACCUGUGGCCUCCAGCCCUGCCCACAAACAAAACGGGUAUCUUACCUCUAUCUGCCGGGAGCAUGGAGCCGCAACAGAGCAUGGAACUUGCAAACAAAGAGCUGGAAAACUGGGGACUGGGGAGCUUGCUCUGCCACCUGCGGAGGGGGCAUUCAAAGCCGUUCCGUUUACUGUACCUCCUACGAUGGACAUCAUUUUCAGGAUGCUGUGGAUGAUACUGAAUGUGCAUCCUUAACAGAGAAGCCACACAGCACACAGCCUUGUGGCCUGCAGCGGUGUGCAACAUGGGUCACGGGUCCUUGGUCUGAGUGUUCAGUAAGCUGUGGUGCAGGUAUUCAAACCCGGACCGUAAGCUGCCGGGUUGAGCAGGGCCCUCAGAUUCUAGAUGUUGCUUGCUUGAGAGAACCAAAACCUCAGCACGCUCAGCCCUGUAUUGGGGAGAAUUGUAUACAGGAGAUUGGCUGGCACAUUGGAGACUGGGGAUUGUGCUCAAAAAGCUGCGGUUCUGGCAUCCGAACCCGCCAAGUCAUCUGUGCUGAUGGUGAUUCCAAAUUCUACAGCCAUGAGAUGUGCCAAGACAUCCAGCCACAGAUACCAACCAUGCUUGGGAGCUGCAACACACAGCCUUGUUACCUGCCUCAGCAGGUUCCCAGUAUGCAAGACAUCACAGGAUACAAUAUCAGUCGCCAGACAUUACUGACUCGCUACCACCCUGACCAAGGCACUGAAGUUUCUAGACAUGAAAGAAUAACUCAGGCUAGCUCUACUCGUCGCCAGUUCCAGCCAAAUGAGAGUCAUAGCUCCAACUUCUUACCUCUUCGAUGGGAAUCUUACUCAGGCCCCUCUGUGUCCCGUCACUCCAGUUCUUAUCAAAAUGGUGGUGGUGAUGUUCAGGACUGCAACCACACUCCUCAUGGCUGUUGUUCAGAUGGUCAUACUGCCGCAGCAGGUCCCUUUGGCCAAGGUUGCCCACUUGACUCUUGCCAUCUGAGCAGGUAUGGGUGCUGCCCUGAUGGAAUAUCACUUUCCCAUGGACCUAACCAAGAAGGGUGCACACAAUAUCACAGUGAUGUUUACGUGAACAGAAAUCCUGUUGCUCCCACUCCAACUGCAAGCCAAGUUUUGGCCCAGCAGGUGCCAACAGAGGAAUGCCGAGGUUCUACGUAUGGUUGUUGCUAUGACAACAUUGCCUCUGCUUUAGGGCCUCAAGGGGAAGGAUGUCCCACAAGACUCACCCAAUCUUAUCCUGUCCAGUGCCUGUUACCCAGCGCCCAUGGUCCCUGCACAGAUUGGACAACCCGUUGGUAUUUUGUAAGUGAUGUUGGAAAAUGCAAUCGCUUUUGGUAUGGAAGCUGCCAUGGGAAUAAAAACAACUUUGCUUCUGAAGAAGACUGCAUGAAAACAUGCCAUGGAUCAACGGGAAGAAGCCAUGUGAGUCUUCACCACCAUGUUGCAAUUCCUAACAUUCAUUCUAGUUCUCAACUGCAAGAAGGGAACAUAGACAAAAAGCCACAACAAUCUGGAAGAACCAUCAGUCACAGAACAGGAAAUGAAGGUGACGGUGGUAGGACUUUCCCCAGUCAAGCUGGCUCAGACACUCACUCAGCAGCAUUACAUCAUAGUGAGAGAGGCUGGAUGAGGACCAUGACCAAAGAUGGCUUAUCUGAGUCUGAGCAAGGAACUAGCAUACUAGAGAGCCAGCCAGAAAAUUCUCAUCACGCAAGAACUCUUGAGGAAAGAAGGGACCCAGCAGAUCAUUUGCAUGGUUUGAGAGAGACUUUGAUUUCUGGACACUCUGAAAAGCAGCUGACUGUGAAUGGUCAGACCAUUCAACAUGAGCGUGAAGAGUGGAGGAGGGAAUCUGGAGUAGAUGGAUUAACAGAGAAAAGAUUUGGGUAUCAAACUCCACCAGAUUCUACUUUUCAAUAUUCUCUGAACAGGAUCCUCUUGGAUGGAUCAGAGUCUUCUGCAGUGGAGGCAGGCUUAGGACAAAGCAUUCGUCUUCUCUGUAAGACAGGCAAUUCCCACUUGUCUAGAGUUGAAUGGCAGAAAGAUGGACAGCCGGUCUCAUCUGAUAGGCAUACCUACCAGUCUGACAACUCCUUGGUGAUUAGCCAGCUCAAGACCGAGGAUGCCGGGACCUACAUGUGCAUAAUUUCAAAUGGGAGGAUGGAACACAGACAGAUUGAGUUGCGGAUCAAAGAAAUGCCUCAAUCUACUCUCACCCAGGGAAGAAGGCAUCAACUUACUCAUGAUCAAAAUCACCAGCACAGUCUCUUUGGCAUGAGGGCUAAUGAUGGGUGGUCACGUGCUUCUUCUCUGCAUCCUCAAAUAACUUACAGGUUAAAAAUGUAUAAGAAUGAGCCUUCAGUACUUGAUGCCAGCAUUGGUGAGCAAGUCCGAUUGCCUUGCCGCGUAGAGGCUUCACCCUCUUUAACCAUUGAAUGGCAGAAGGAUGGCCGUCCUAUUUCAUCUCCGAGGCAUAGGCAGCAACCUGAUGGUGCCCUGCUGAUCAGUCGUCUGACAGCUGAAGAUGCCGGCUUCUUUACAUGUGUUGCUUCCAAUGGUCGAGACCAAGAUCAGAGAAAAGUUCAGAUUAGACCUAGAGGAGACUUGAGAAUUAUUGACCUGCUGCCCAGACUUUCUGUGUCUGAAGGGGAGAAUGCUCGUCUUCAUUGUGUUGUGACAGGCAACAAUGUAAACAUAAGAUGGUCAAGGAAUGGGGUUCCUGUAAGAUCAGAUGGUCAUCGUGUCCAUGUGUCUCAAGAUGGAAGCUUGUUUCUAAACAAGGUUCAGAUUGGUGAUGAGGGCUCCUAUACUUGUAAUGCCUACAGUGGCAGUCAUUCGGUCAGUGCCAGUACAGAUCUGAAAGUUAUCAAAAAGCGGCCAGAAGUGCCAGCAUCCCUCCCUGUGGACAUAAGCAGGGAAUGUGUUGAUCAGCCACACCUUGCUAACUGUGAUCUGAUUCUACAGGCUCAGCUCUGCAACAAUGAAUAUUAUUCCAGCUUCUGCUGUGCCAGCUGUUCUCGCCGCUAUGGCUGAGCCACAGGCUCGCCCCCUCCCCCUUGCAAUCCUGCUCCAGAAGAAAAGCAGCCAUUUCCAAUUUGUUUAUCAAGCAUAUACACGGGUAGUCGAUAUGGCUAAUGUGAGAACAGAUAGAGCUGUUGGCAGAAAUGGUAUCUCCACCUUCCUAAGCUGUAUGUUGUUUUGCAAGAGAAGCACCAAAUUCUCUAACAGCUGGCUGACCUUUUCAUUUAAGGAAACAAGGAAUUGUUUCACUAGCAAAGCUUAAACAAUACAGACAAGAAUCAAAAGUAAGUAGGAAAGUUGCUUCAAGAUAAAUCAAGGAUAGCAGAUGCAUUUUAAAUCAAACAUAAAAGCUAAAUUAAUGCCAGAAACCACUCAGAAGAAAAUCUGCUGACCACAUUUUUUGUGGAAAUUUAGCAUACUGACCUAGAAACUUGUUUCCUGCAGUUAUUUCAAAUGUCCCUACAGUUUAGCUUUAAACAGCUAUAAGCAGACAAUGAUUGUUUUUUCAGCAGAUACAGGAAACUAUUAAUCCUGAGUUACUAGCAGCAGCAAAUAACAUUUAAUAUCUGUUGGAACUAUAUAGAACUCAGAAGUAACCGAAGAGGAAAAUGCAAAGAAACAUGGCAGGGUUUUGUACUUCAGAUACUCUUAAAACAGCAAGGCUGUAUUUCUUGGAGUAAGUCCAUUAAACAGUGAUCCUUUCUUCCAAUUAAACAUGUGUACAAUUGCAUUAAGGCCUUUGAAGAAGAAAACAGAGUCUGUUGUACCUCUUCUACAUAAACGUAAACACCAGAGGACUGUGCAAUGUGAGAGCAGUGGUGUUUCCAGAAUCUCACAACUACUGCAGCCACGCAAUCCCCAAAAGAGAUGUCACUGCUUUAAUGAGUCACGGACAAGUACUGAAUUUGCACUCUUGCAUGUUCCAAAGCACUGUUCAGCCCCACCAGAGUACAAGGCAUCACAAGAGAGAGCUAAUUCGUUGUUGAUGCCUCAGAAUCCUGGAAGGCCGUGUCUUGCCUUUUUGAUUAUCCCAUCCCAUGUGCCAGAUUGUUUAAUAUAAGGAUGGCCCUUGGCACUAUGGAAGUUCAAGUUGGAGUUCAAACUGCAAUAUCUCUGCAGUCUCAAUGGUUGACUAUAAACACAUUCUGUGGAGCAAGACAGGAAACAUUCCAAACCAAAUUCAUAAGGGAAACCUGUACGUGUUAACUACAAUUUUGUCAAUUAUACUAGCUUAUCCGCAACCUUUAAGGACUAGAAGAAAAUUUAUUGUGUCUCAAAGGUUGUGGAUAAGCUAGUAUAAUUUCCUUUAAAUGCAAAAGACAGGAAAUGCCAACUUUAUUGGAAAAUCUACAGCUUUUUUUCCUCACACAAGAUUCCUGCUAUAGCUUUCAGCCCACUAUUAUGGACUCAAUUAACAUGAAACUUCCCAGAUUUUAGGUAGCUCAAAAUCUAAUUUCCUUCAGAAACGAAGUAGAUCUAUAAUACAAUGCUACUUUUGGAUUUGCUUCCAGGAAAAACAGAUAUGAGAAUCUGCCAGGUUUAUACUAAUAAGACAAUCAUACUACAUGAAUUUUCAGACAUCUGGGGGCAAAUAUUCUGACAGUUGGGUUCCUCCAUUACAAGUUGCAGACACAUGAAUAUAUAUCACCAAAUAAUGAAAAAGAAAAUUCCAAGAACAUAUCUAUGGUUUUUUUAAUCACUUGACUAUACAAUGGGACUAUCUUUACUGAAAAUGUGAAACAUUUAUCAAUUGCUCCUGUAAAAAAUGAACAAACCAGUAUUUACAGCACAUUAUGCAGAAUGUUUAGUAACAGGAACAAUGCAAUCUUCUGCAUAUUACCUGCAACUUAGAACUGUUGGGUGCCAGAUGAACUAGGUAACAAGUUUUUCAGCUUGUUCAAUAAAGGUGCAAAUUAA